AUUCGUAAGGUCGAAUGUGAGAAAUUAUAGGAAUUACAAAUUAAGUACACUUAUUAGGCGUUGCUUGAUUCAAAAAAAGAAAGAGGGGAGUCAUGACAGUUCUCGGUGCUGUCUGAUUAGUUGACUUCUGGUCGGUUAGGUUUACUACAUCAAGCUUUAAAUUCUGUACCAUCAAUUAAUUUUUAUUUAUGAUAGAAAUUUAAGAGCAUAUAAAAUAUAUUUAGAAUUAAUUUUUAACAAUAUUGAAGUGAUAAAUUAGUAGAAGAAUAUCAAAUAAGACAAGAUUUACAACUGUACAACAAAUAUUUUCUACAAUUAAAAACAUGGCUGAUGAAAAAGGAUGCACACCGAACAUCACUUCAAGAUUAAAAGGAUAUCUUAGAGAAACUCCCUUCUUCUGCAAAAUUAUUGAACUUCUUUGUUGUGUAAUUUCCGUGGGAUUAAUUGUUGAUCCGUACAAUGAUCGAAUGCAAUCAAAUUUGAAUCAUGCUGGAGUGAUUUAUGUUGGAAUUUGUGGUUAUAUUAUGAUUAAUGCAAUUUUGAUAUUUUGCUAUCUACUAGGAGAAAAACUGUAUAAAAAAACUGCACUUUGUUUUUCUGCAUUGGGCGCGAUUAUGUCUUUCACCGCUGGAAUUAUUCUUAUUUAUGAUCAUGAAAAUUUUCAGAAUAAUUAUAUCUCAAGAUAUCACGAACGAUAUUUGAAACAAAUACUAGUCAGCGGAAUUUUUUCAAUUUUAUCAUCUGUUAUUUUCGUUUUUGAAACAUAUUUUACUUAUAAAUAUGAAGACGAUGUAAUAAUAAACUAAAUGAGUAGUAUUAUAUUGUAA